CAUAAUUAGGUUCUGAUGUUGUUUAGGUCUGUGGAGUCAAUGGGUGAAGGACAAUGUUCCCCUCCAGACUCUCUUUGGAGGCGAUACAGUGAAUUUGAAUUGUUGAGAAAUUACUUGCUAGUGAACUAUCCACAUAUCAUUGUACCACCUUUACCAGAAAAAAGGGCAGAAUUUGUUUGGCAUAAGCUCUCGGCAGAUAACAUGGAUCCAGAUUUUGUAGAACGACGGAGGAUUGGCUUGGAAAACUUUCUUUUGCGUGUGGCUUCACAUCCAGUUCUUUGCCAGGAAAAGAUGUUUAAUGCAUUUUUGACCCUAGAAACUGGCUGGAAGGAAAUGGUAAAUGAAACAGGGUUUCAAUUGAAGGCAGAUUCUAGAUUAAAAGCUCUUAAUGCAACAUUCAGAGUGAAAAAUCCAGAUAAGUAAGUGUGAUGGGGCUUAAAAGCAAUUAUGAUUAUACUAAAGUAAAGAUGGAAUU